CCCAUAGUCAAGUCCAAUAUGGUGGCGGAAAGUGGACUGUGCAAUGUCAGAUCAAAUAAGGUCAAGGUUAAUCAUCGAAAAUCCUAUCGGGGAUGGCCUUAACGCCUUCCGUGCUACGUUCGCCGUGAUCUGUGAAGGUGCAGACUUGCGCUCACCAGAUGAGGCCAUCGAUCGGCUCAAGCGGGAGGAUAUGCAGGAUCUCGCUUCCAGCCUCCUGACAGCCCUUCAGAUCCUUCCCGCCGCUCGUCUUCUGCCGUCCAAUUCGGGAGGAAUUGUUCGAAGUGACCUACUUCGGCUUAUAUCCGCAGUCGCCUCUGAUGACUUCGACCAUGAAAGAAUCAAGCCUCUCCUCAAAUCAUCUCUUGUAGUUACAUCAACAGACGAACGGAUUUGGAAUUUGGUGGACGUUGCCGCAGCGGAAUCUACGCCACCCCCUCGAGCGAUUGCGUCCUCCCUCCAACAAACCCCUUCAUUUCAAAAGACAAGUAGUUUCGCAAACUCCUCUGAAUACCGCCAAGAUGUUGAUAGGGUCCUCAAGUCAGAGCUUGGGCCUCUGUAUGUAGGACUCCCGCAUUUCUACUCAACGUUUUUUGGAGGUGUCAGUGGCCUUCAAACAGCAUCCAAUGCCGUUUUUAAAAAAUGCACCGAAGGUAGCGAUGCGCUUUUCGCCGAUGGGUGGAAAGGAUGGCCAAAAGACGCAGAUCAGGAGCACGUGUUGAUUUGGUUUGCAGAUCUGAGCGAAAAGUUGGCAACAUUCUCAGCGGACCACAAUUCUGGGUCGACGCACCUCCGAAGGCCACUAUCACAACCCAACAAGCCCGUGCAGGGUUCCACGGCAGAGCGCAAGCUAGACAUCGGCUUUGUGAGUGACACUCACGCUGGGAAAGAUACCCGAUGUCAAUGGUCACAAAUUCUCGUGCCUGGAGAGCUUAAGAAGAAUCCGGCGGCUGACACCGCUUCCAAGGCAUGGCUUGACUUGGGAAGGUACGCCAGGGAAGUUCUUGCGUCACAAGAUACCCGUCGAUUUGUCCUGGGCUUUACUAUAUGCGGAUCCUUCAUGAGGACCUGGGCGUUUGACCGUCUCGGAGGAGUCGCAUCCGAACGCUUUGAUAUCAACAAAGAUGGUCAUCAGUUUGUUAAAACUAUUCUCGGUUUCCUAUGGAUGAGCGAGGAGGAAUUUGGAUUUGACCCCACGAUCAUUACAAAAGACGGCCAGCGAUUCAUCGAGAUAAAUCAGAACGAUCAGACUGAGCGUCUCGUUCUCGAUAAAUUGAUGAAGCGGGCACCUUGCAUUGCAGGUCGGUCAACAACAUGCUGGAAAGCGCAUCACGAAGCGGAUCCUAGAGUUCCGCUCGUUGUCAAAGACUCUUGGCAAUACACGGAGCGCGACGAAGAAGGUGAUCUUCUCCAAGAAGCUACCGAAAAAGGCGUGGUCAACGUUGCACGCUAUUAUCACCACGAGACGGUUUGCAUCCGUGAUAAGGCCGAUGAUGUCCUGGACAACGUUCGAGGCGGCUUGGACAUCAGGACCGCGAGCAACUAUCGACCAGAACAGUUGGUGCUCUCGACUGGCCCAACUGUGGCUGAUGCUACGCGAAAGGGCCGGAGCAGCGGUAGGUCCGGUGUGAAGCGCUCUUCUAGUCAUACAGGCGCCUCUCUGCCGCCUAAUAAGCGGUCCUGCUCGGCAUCUCCUAUUAAAGCAUCUAGUAAGCCACUGCCAAAUAGAGUUCAUCGGCGUGUCAUCCUGCGCGACUAUGGCAAACCUAUUUACAAGGCAAGCACACGCCCGGCCUUGCUUGCCGCGUUAGAGGGUUGCAUUACAGGGCAUCAGUCUUUGCACGAGGCAGGAAUCCUUCACCGAGAUAUCUCCAUUAACAAUCUCAUGAUCAACGAGGACAAAGAGAACCCUUCCUGGUCGGCGUUCUUGAUUGAUCUUGAUCUAGCCAUCAGAGAGCAGCGAGACGGUGUCUCGGGAGCAACGGGGAAGACCGGCACGAGAGCCUUUAUGGCAAUUGGCUCGCUUCUAGGCGAGAAGCAUUCUUUUAUGCAUGAUCUUGAAUCGUUCUUCUGGGUGAUCUUUUGGAUUUGCAUCCACUACGAGGGCCCGGGUAAAGGAAGAGUUGUUGGAAGGUUUGACAAGUGGAAUUUUGUGGAUACAGAAGAACUAGCUGGUAUGAAGAAGGGCGAGAUAUCCGAUGAUGCAGAUUUCGUGAGGUCCGCGAACGAGUACUUUACGGACUUCUACCGGCCACUAAUUCCAUGCGUCAACACUCUUCGGAAGGCAGUUUUCCCCAAUGGAAGAAGGUGGGCGAAGGCAGAUACAAGGUUGUAUGAUCAGAUGAAAGAGAUCCUGCGGGGCGCCCGACAGGAUUGAGGGUUGAGAACAGUCAGUUUCUGAUGAAGUCCAUCGCAGAGCCAUGGUGGCAUCACCAUAUAAUGCAAGCAUGUAUCUUG